CCGAGGGAGUGGUGCGUUUCCAGCGCGUAGGAAUCCGUCUAUCUAAUUUUGCCGAAAGUCUGGGAAUAUACGGAUUUUUUUUUAAACAGAUUUCUUUACUGGAUUUUAAUUAGACUCUAUAGGAAAUCUGACUUGCGUGCCAUCAUAUGAGGGAUCUCCGUCUUUGCGUUUCUACGAGAUAGGAUUUCCAAAGAGUGCAUUUUGGACGGAAGAGGAGAAAAAAAAAAACUACUGAAUUUGGGAAAAACAUGGAGACAAGGAGGGGAAGGAGAGGACUAAAAUGACUAAGCCGAAGUUUACGGUUUCCGCGGGUUAAAAAAAACACGGAAUUGGUUUGUGGUGGAGGAGAAAUGUUUCGGUGUUAAACUAACAUUUUUGUAAACGUGUCUUUUUCUUCACACUCGUACAAAAAAAAAAGUCGGAGUGUUUUUCCUUCUUUCUUUUUUUUUUUUAAAUGAAUUUCUGAAUUAACUCAACCGUCGCCGUGUUCUUUUUGUGUGUGAGACAUCAAAGCGUGUUAAACGUUGAUGAGAAGGGGAAAUGUCGGAAAGUUUAAAGCCGCUUCACACGGAGUUACAAUGAAACCUCGGGCACGGCGGAUGUUUUGAACCCGCGAAUGAUCCCCAGCUCCACGGGCUAACAACAUUCCUGCUGAAGGACGAAAAGAAAAGGAAAAAAAGUGUCCCGUUAAAUCAAACGGAUCCCCGAAACAACGUUACACACACACAGUUACUUUGUUUUCCGUCCGAACGCUAAUGACGCGAUACUUUGUUUCCUUUCCCCACCGAAGUGAGCGUUCACACUGCUGCCCGCGGGGCGACAUUACGGGACACAAACACGCUUUGGGGGGCUACAGGGUAACGUUUCCGACCAUUUUGGUUUGUUCACUCGGACACCGCUUGUGUUAAAACACAAAACAUUUGAUGAGUGGAAACAAAAUCGAAAAAAUACGAGUUUUUCAAGCUUGGACUCGACUUUUUAGUCCUUGGAGCUGUGUAAUGAGUGCUGAGGCAUUCUCUUGAGUGGAGGAGAGAGAGAGAUAUAGUAUGCUUGUUUUUUUUUGCUGAACAUUCAUAAUUCCGUGUUGUUUCCAACCUGCUGAAUGUUUUUCGGAAUAAUUUCCCAGGAUUUUGCGACAAUACUGCAAAUGACAGAGAGAGAGAUGCGUUGGAGUCGCCUCAUGUAAACUCACUUAGCUUAGCAUAGGCACCUUUUUCCCACUCGCCAUUCCUGACAGACUUUCCCCCCCUCCUUCAUGGUUUUUGGGAAUAAAUAACCUUUUGGAACACACACGAGUGUUUUACCUCAGUAAAAUGCUAGUUGGAUAAACGCCGAAGGAAAAAAAAACAAGCAAAGAACGGAAGCCCAAUGAGCGGCUCACAGUCCACGAUAGCUGACAGGUUUCCCAAAAAACCAACCAGACCAGGAAGUAUUCUGAACAAGGACCACCCCCCAGACAAGAAGCCCAAGAGUGAGAAGGCGUCGUUGCUUCCUGCACAUGACUUUGACCCUACAGAGCUGCCCGUGCAGAGCGUAGAGCGAAGGUCCGAGUCGUGUGGGCUCGUUCAGCGGUGUGUUAUCAUCCAGAAGGAUGAGAACGGUUUCGGGUUUACGGUGAGCGGGGACAACCCGGUGUUUGUCCAGCUGGUUAAAGAAGAUGGAGCUGCUAUGCGAGCUGGUGUUCAGACGGGUGAUAGAAUUAUUAAGGUUAAUGGGACGCUAGUAACACAUUCCAAUCAUGUAGAAGUGGUGAAGCUAAUAAAAUCGGGUUCAUACGUGGCUCUGACAUUGUUGGGGAGACCCCCGGGCCUCCCACAGAUUCCAUUAUCAGAGGGAGAGGGAGAUGGAGAUCCUCUCAGCUCCCUUAACUCUCCUCAGUCCCCCGGACCCACUGUGCCCGAGCGCUCAUCCUCUUCUUCGACCUCUCCCUCCGACCGCAUCAUCUCCCCAACAUGGGAGGAAAGCGGGGGAGUGUUUAAUCAGAAAGUCGACAACCUGCAAAAGAUGCUGAUAAAGGAGCAGCAGGACCUCCAGGCUAUGAAGGAGGAGUACAGCAGAAACCCUACAGCGAGACUACUGAAGGACAUCCAGGAAGCUCAGAAGCACAUUCCUCUGCUUCAGGGCCAGCUCAGUAAAGCCACCGUGCCUGGACAGGAUGGCCUGCUUUCUCCAAGACCAGGAGAAGGAGAUGCAGAGGAAGGAGGACGGUUUAGAGACAGAGAUGUAGACUGGCCGUUUGACUCACCCAUGAACAGCAACUCGACACCGGUGACGCCCUGUACGUUCCCAGAAAGCCCGUACCAAAGAGACACACCGUGCAACAGCCCAAAGUCAAUGCCGCGCGUCAACCUCAACUCGUACCCGUCUCACAACAGCGAAGACGUCGUCGACCUGGACUAUCAGUCCAACGUGGGAAGCCCGAUGUCCCGUGUGCCACCUCCCAUCAUCGGCGCGGAAGACGAUGACUUCGACACCGACCAGGAGCAGGUGAACGGCCAGUGUAGCUGUUUUCAGACCAUCGACCUGCUGAAGACUCGGCCUGCGCAUCUCGCAGCCUUCCUGCAUCACGUGGUCUCUCAGUUCGACCCUGCACCUCUGCUGUGCUACCUCUACGCCGAGCUCUACAAGCAGAGCAACUCCAAAGAGACACGGCGGAUAUUCGGGGACCUCCACUCCACCUUUAUGGACCGAUCAGCGCACCUGAAAGUAGCGGUUCCAGACUCGAUCUCGGCUGACAUGGAUCGGUGGAAACCUGAUCUCAUUCCAGAGGACAUUCAAAGACAGCAUGUGCAGCAGCUCCAGGACACACUCCUACCUGACAUCCAGAAACACCUGGAAGACUUCAGGCAGAAGCGCAGUAUGGGUCUGACUCUGGCCGAAGCUGAGCUGAUCCGACUCGACACGGAACGCAUGCGAGGCCGCGUGGCCCUGGAGAGAGAGCGCUCGUGUUCAGAGCAUAUCGUCUCCAAAAUCAACGAAGUCUUGUUGACGCCGACAGCCACAGAGGAGGAGAAGUGUACCGCAAUGCAGUUUGUCAUUCAGGCCUAUAUGAAGCACCUCGGGGUGAAGGUGAAGGAGUCUCGGGGGUUUGAGAACAAAGCCAAGUUUGUAAACCUUCUACCUAAAAUCAAGAAGACUAUAAAACCGGAGAAGGAUGGAAGUGUGGAGGAGAAGCAGAAAAAACCCCUCUUUCAAAUGAUACGCAGCCAUAGCAAGCGGCCCAGUCGAACCGACUUUUCCUCAGUUAACAAGGCUCUAGAGCAGACUAAGCAGCGCAUACAAAAACAGCCGUCGCAGAUCUCUGUAGGGCCGACUGAUCAGCCUGAAACGCCUUCGAUGGGCCGGUCACGGAGCAGUCAGUCUAGCGAAGGCCCGGAUGGCAGCAUCAGCUCCAUCAGUUCCCCUUCUUUCAGCGCUUCCCCGUUACAGAGCUCCGACAGCACAGCCAGAGAUGUGGAGCCAGGCGCUCUUCCCUUGUCAGCGUUGCCCAGACUUGGAGAGGUCGGUCCUCAGGGUGAAGGACAGGAUUCCUCGUCCUCAGGCACGCACUUUGAUUUUACCUAUGCUCUGGACCAUCUCCAAGAGGAGGAGCCUGAAACAGACAGGAAUCCUGACGGAGGGACGCCGCGGCCAAUCAGAAGGAUGGAGCUGUUGAGCACGGGGGAGGUGCAAAGUGAGGACGAUCAGGCGUUUGAGGUGGAGGCCGAGCAGGACCCUUCUAAUUGGCAGACGUCGGUGAGCACGGACGUCCUCGCUCUGCUGUCACCGCAUGAGAUCAAGAGACAGGAAGUGAUCAAUGAGUUGUUCUAUACAGAGCGUGCUCACCUGCGCACGUUGAAGGUGCUGGAUAAUGUGUUCUACCAGAGGAUGACCCGAGAAACCAUUCUGCCGCCCGUGGACAUCAAGAACAUCUUCACUAACCUGGAGGAGAUCGUCCAGCUACACACAACUGUAACGGAACAAAUGACGGCCAUAAGGAAGAAGAACGAUACGACCGUCGUAGAUCUUAUAGGAGACGACUUGCUGUCCUGGUUCAGCGGAGCAGAGGAGGAAAAGAUCAAGCGGGCAGUGGGAACUUUCUGCAGUAACCAGCCCUUUGCGCUGGAGCUUAUAAAGAGCAGGCAGAAGAAGGAUCAGCGGUUUGCUUCCUUUGUGCAGGAGGCAGAGAGUAAUCGUCAAUGUCGAAGGCUCCAACUGAAGGACAUGAUUCCCGUGGAAAUGCAGAGACUCACCAAAUACCCGCUUCUACUCGAAAACAUCGCCAAAUAUACCGACGACCCCGAGGAGAAAAGCAAAGUGAAACGAGCCUGCGAAUGCUGCCGUCAGAUCCUCAACCAUGUCAACCAGGAAGUAAAAGAGGCUGAAAACAAACAGAGGUUAGAGGACUACCAGAGAAGACUAGAUCUGUCGUCACUGAAGCAGAGCGAGUACCCCAUGAUUGCGGAAUUUAAGAACCUCAACUUGACAAAAAGGAAGAUGGUACAUGAGGGACCACUGUCUUGGAAAGUGAAUAGAGAUAAGACUAUUGAGCUCUACACACUCCUGCUGGAGGACAUCUUGGUGCUGCUGCAGAGGCAGGACGAGAAGCUGAUCCUUAAGUGCCACAGUAAGAAUCUGGCAGGCACAGCCGAGACCAAACACAUCUUCAGUCCGAUCAUCAAGCUCAGCACCGUGCUGGUUCGCUCUGUAGCAACAGACAACAAGUCAUUCUUUGUGGUGUCCAUGUCUGAUUAUGGGGCACAGAUCUAUGAGCUGAUGGCGCAGACUGUGUCUGAGCAGAAGACGUGGCAUGAUCUCAUCGGGCAAAGAGCAGACUGCAUGAAGAGCCUGCCUCAGAAUGACAGCGAGCGGGAAGCUGACGACGAUAUAAAAAUGAGCAAAGAUCCGGAUCGCAUCUCCACUGGAAGCGUCCAAUCUCCAGAAAAAGAUGCUACAUCCUGCUCAGAGAUCAUGCAGAUCCCUCCAACAGGAAGCAACCCGUUUGAUACCAAGUCAGAUGAUGAAGGAGAGGCGGAACGAGAGGCGGAACGAGAGGAAGAAGGAGAGGCGGAACGAGAGGAAGAAGGAGAGGCUGAACGAGAGGCGGAACGAGAGGAAGAAGGAGAGGCGGAACGAGAGGAAGAAGGAGAGGCAGAACAAGGGGCUGAACGAGAGGCGGAAGCAGAGGCAGAACAAGAAGGCGAGCACAAGGUGCAGGUUCAGAAGGAGGAGGAAGAGGAGGCUUUCCUAGACCAUGAGCUUGCAGAAAGACUUUUGUUCUUGAAGCAGCGGUCGAGGCACGCCAUCGCUGUAGAGGAUCUGCCUCCACUGAUGGCAGACGAGGCACUUCGAACCCUGGCUGCUCUGAGGCAGCUCCUGAUCAACCACAUGGAUGGUCGAAUGGAGGAUGUGGACAGGGACGGAGAAAGGGGCAAGGUUCAGCAGCAUGAGCGGAGGGCAGGGUCUCUGCAGGGCUCAGAAGAUCGCUCGGUGGAGAAUGGCGCUGAAAGACCAGAGACUGAACACGUCACGACAGAGAAUCGUCAUGAGCUGCCCUCGGCGGACACAGGCUUCUUUGAAACCUCAGAAGACUGUGUACCCAGUUACAUGGUGCUGGAGGGUUAUGGUGUAUCAGCUGAGAGCAGCACUGAUGACGAUGUGCAGAUCUGCAGCACCGAGCCCACUGAAGCAGGAGACUCCGGCAUUGACCUGAAGAAGCUCCUGUCCUCGGCGUCCUCUCAGAACAGAGGACCCGACUUCAGCAGACAGGUCAUGACCCACUUGCGCCUGCUUCAGGCCAACCUGCAGCAGCUGAAGGAUGUAGAAUCAAAAUAUAACCAACUAUGCCAAAGGCACUCAGAGCAACCAGCUACUGAAUCAGAAGAAAUCAAAGAUAAAAGCUAGUGUUCCUGGAGCUGUGGUUUCCUGCUGGAAGUAGUAGUGAAACAGAGUGUACAGGAAGGUGUGCUGUGGUCCUGCUGCUCCCUGCUCAACUCUUGCGCAUCUUUAACUGCCUCUCAAACGCUGAACCUCACCUCACAUACAUACACAUGCACGCGCGCACACACAGUACACGGGAAAACCCCUGAAGUCCUCUUGUCUUGCUCGACUUUCUUGUCUUGCUCGAGGGAAGGAGCUUUGGAAAUUGAUGAAGACGUUCCAUCAUCCCCUGGUGUUAGCUUUAGCUAUUUAUUUGGAGUUAUGAAGAUUUGGAUUUGAAGUAGCUCCUCCUCCUUUUUAAUAAACUCACAAAAUCAAAGGAAAAAACAGGAUGAUGGCAGCAUGGCACUGAGGAUCAACUAAAAUCCUGGAUGGGGACUUCAGCUCUUACAGAUUUUACUUAUGAAAUUAACAGGUUUAAAAAAAAUUUUUUAAACUGGAUGAAAUUGGGUUUGAUAGCGUAACCAGUAAAACGAUGCCAGAGGUAGUUCGACUGCAAUCGAUUUAUGAAAUUAAAUGUCCUUCAUAAGGACUUAUGCUACAUAAAUCCGGAUGGACUGUUCUUAUUUUGUAUGGAUAUGAAUGUUAUUACUGCCACGCACAUCUGCAUGAGGGCCUGAUGUGGCCUUAAACUUCACAUCUGACCACUAAACAAGAGCAAGUAUAAGUUACUGAUUCCGUGCCAAGCAGCUCGGACCUAAGCUUCAACCAUCAGGUUAAUCAUCAGGAUUUCCAUUUUUUUUUCCAUACAGUUCAGGUUUCUUUCUUAUAAACCCCUUCUCUGGUUUUAAGGUUAGAACGCUAAAUAAUCUACAUUGAUUUAAACGUCGAUGCGAAGAGGAGUCUUACUCUUACUGCUGUUAUCGUGCGGAGGUGGAAAGCGAGCUGUGUGCACAUCUGAAAAGAUUCUUGCUUUCCUGUGUCCUCACCACCAACCCGAAAGCCUCUGUCCCUGUAACUCUAAGCUUUUUUUUUCCCCCCUUCGCCCUCUCUACUACAUUCUGUUGAAUGACGCUACUGAAGAUCUGUCAGGUCUAAAGUGACCAAGAGAACUUGAUCUUGAACACGAGGCACUAUGUUCUUCUAUUGUACAAACCAAACUCGAGUGGAAGUCUUACUGGAUGAUUAUAGCAUGGCUUUUCCUUUUAUCCGGGAUGUGGGAAUGAAGGGAUAUGAAGAUAAAAAUGAUUAUAAAAUUAAAUGAAAGGACAAAAAAAAAAAAAAAAACCAGACCUGUUACGGUCUUUAAGUGUAAAAUUGUACAAUUAUGACCAACACUGCAUCUCUUACAGAGACCCAAUUCCUUUUUUCUUUCUGCUUUAUACAUUUUAUAAAUAUAUAUAUAUAUGUGUAUGAGUCGUGUAUUAUUUUAACAGAACCUACUAAAAAGAAAAAGGAAAAAAAAUAAAUGACUGCAAGUUCCUUAAAUAUUAAUGAUGUAAUCUGUACUUUUUGUUUUGGCUUAUGUUUAUAAGGUAUUGUAUUUUAUUAUAUUAUUAUUAUUAUUAUUGAGCACUAUUAAUGAUCUUUUAGCCUUCUGAGGAAAGAAGAUACGAAUAGCUCGAAUAGAUUAUAUUGCCUAAAUACGACUGAACUGUUCAAAAUGGAAAAUUAUUGCACACUGUAUGAGGUUUUUUUAUUUUUUUUCCUCCUCCAGCCGCUGCCGAAGAAAGCGGGGAGAGUAUCUGGGUUUAUUACCAAAAGGACAAUAUCAGAACCACUUCAAUGUGCUGCAGAUUUAUUCAAUAAACUGGAAACACGAA